CCUCGCCCCUCCCCUCGGCCCCUCUACUGGUGCCCGCGCCUCCCUCGCAUGUUUCUCCGAGCUGGUCUAGCCGUUCUCUCUCCGCUUCUCCGCACUCCGGUCGCCGCGAUGAGCACUGGCACCUUCAUCGUGUCACAGCCACUUAAUUACCGCGGCGGGGCCCGCGUGGAUCCGGUGGACGCCUCCGGCACCGAGAAGGCGUUCGAGCCGGCAACCGGUCGAGUGAUAGCUACUUUCACAUGUUCAGGAGAAAAGGAAGUAAAUUUGGCUGUUCAAGAUGCAAAGGCUGCCUUUAAAAUAUGGAGCCAGAAAUCUGGCAUGGAGCGUUGCCGAAUUCUUUUGGAGGCUGCCAGGAUAAUAAGGGAACGGAAGGACGAGAUCGCCACCGUGGAGACCAUCAACAAUGGCAAGUCCAUCUUUGAGGCCCGAUUGGACAUUGACACUUCCUGGCAGUGUCUGGAGUACUAUGCAGGCUUGGCGGGAUCCAUGGCUGGAGAGCACAUUCAGCUCCCUGGCGGAUCCUUUGGUUACACCAGAAGAGAGCCACUGGGGGUGUGUGUGGGAAUCGGAGCGUGGAACUACCCCUUUCAGAUCGCCUGCUGGAAGUCGGCUCCAGCGCUGGCCUGUGGUAAUGCCAUGAUCUUUAAACCUUCUCCCUUCACGCCUGUGUCCGCCUUGCUGCUGGCCGAAAUCUAUACUGAGGCUGGCGCUCCUCCUGGGCUCUUCAACGUGGUGCAGGGAGGGGCCGCCACAGGCCAGCUUCUGUGUCAGCAUCGUGAUGUGGCCAAAAUCUCCUUCACUGGAAGUGUGCCCACCGGCUCAAAGAUCAUGGAGAUGUCAGCUAAAGGAAUCAAACCUGUGACUUUGGAACUUGGAGGCAAAUCUCCACUGAUCAUCUUCUCAGAUUGUGACAUGGGGAAUGCGGUGAAGGGGGCGCUGAUGGCCAACUUCCUCACGCAAGGCGAGGUUUGUUGUAAUGGUACAAGGGUAUUUGUGCAAAAGGAAAUUCUUGAUAAAUUUACAGAGGAAGUGGUGAAACAGACCCAAAGGAUAAAAAUUGGAGAUCCCCUUCUGGAAGAUACAAGGAUGGGUCCCCUGAUCAACCGACCACAUCUGGAGCGAAUCCUUGGGUUUGUUAAAGUGGCGAAGGAGCAGGGUGCUAAAGUGUUAUGUGGUGGAGACCUAUAUGUACCCGAAGAUCCCAAAUUAAAGGAGGGGUAUUACAUGAGACCUUGUGUGUUAACCAACUGCAGAGAUGACAUGACCUGUGUGAAAGAAGAGAUCUUUGGGCCAGUUAUGUCCAUUUUAUCAUUUGACACUGAAGCUGAGGUUGUGGAAAGAGCCAAUGAUACCACUUUCGGGCUAGCUGCCGGUGUCUUCACCAGGGACAUCCAGCGUGCCCACAGAGUGGUGGCUGAGCUUCAGGCUGGAAUGUGCUUCAUUAACAACUAUAAUGUCAGCCCUGUGGAGUUGCCCUUUGGAGGAUAUAAGAAGUCAGGGUUUGGCAGAGAGAAUGGCCGUGUGACCAUUGAAUAUUAUUCACAACUGAAGACUGUGUGCGUGGAAAUGGGUGAUGUGGAGUCUGCUUUUUAAAAACCUUCAGUGAAACCAGUGAACACGGCUGGAAUGAGAACCAGCAGCCUUGAUGGAGGAGGUGCAGCUGCCCACCCUUUUACAUCCAGAAUGUUGGUCACUCAGGAUGAGAGAGUGGUUCACUGUUACUCUUCAUUACUCAGUCAAUUUCCUAAGUGAAAAUGUGCAUAAGUGCCUUUUAGAUUCUAAUCAAGAUGGCUUCUCGGCCUUUUGGCUAAGAUCAAGUGUAGAUUCUAAUCAAGAAAGCUGUAGUUUCCCUCAAAGCACAUUUCUCUGAAUUCUUUGAGAGCCACUGACACACUUCCAGAGAACAGGGGGUGGGACCAGGAUUUUGUUCUUCCAGAAUCUACUCACUGCCGAGCUCAUUCUCUAGCUUGCUUUAAAGAACCCAUCCUUUAGAAGUUCCUGGUGGGAUCAGUGCAGGUGAUUUCUGCUCCUUGGCAUUUCUUAAGCCAUGCCCCCUUGUCGUUCCACUGAGAAGGUUGACAGUCGGGGAGAGAGGGCUCAGUUCAGUGUGAAUGCUGAUGGACCAGAGCCAGCACAUCGGUGAGGAAACUGGCCUCCAGUCCGUAAGUCUGAUGUUCUCCCAGCUGAGCUAUUUCAGUGAGGGUUGCAGUCCUUGAAUUAUAGCUUGUUCUCUUAUGACAGAAGAGUUAUCUUUUAAAUGUACAAAUUAUUUCUAUGCUACUACAGUAUACUGAAAUGAAAUAAAUCUUACCUUCAAUC